CACAAUAUUUUAUGAUAAUAUAUAUUGGCAUUUGGGUCUUAUAUCAAUAGGGCCAUGAGUGGAAAGGACUCCCAAAAGGCUGGCGGGGUCGAACCCGCGGGUUCCAACCCCGUCGACGACCUCGUCAGAUGGGCCAAAUCCCACGGCGCCUACCUCAACGACGACGUCGAAGUCUACCACUCACCCGAAUUCGGCAUAUCCCUCCGAGUCAAGCCUCUCCCACAGCAAAACCCCCCACCCCCCGCCGAAGGAAGCGGGAAAGAAGAAACCGCUACCCCGCAGUCCACAACCUCAAACCCCCCCUCCACUUCCCUCCCCCCCAACUCCCGCAUCGUCUCCUGCCCCUUCCCCAUCUCCCUCUCCUACCUCAACGCCCUCUCCGCCUUCCCCGCUCUCCCCUCCCACUCCACGCCCUUCCCGGCUAGCUUCCUUACCACCCAACAGCCAAAAGUGAUAGGCUGCUUCUUCCUCAUCCAACAAUACCUCCUUGGCAGCUCUUCAGAUUGGGCGCCAUAUAUCCGCUCGCUACCGCAGCCGAAUGAGCCGCUGAAGCUUGCUACGCCGCUUUAUUAUCCUGAGGAGGCGAGGCGGUGGUUGGGGGGGACGAAUUUACCGGCUGCUAUUGCGCAGAGGGAGGGAAUGUGGAGGGGGGAGUUUGAGGGGGGGAAGAAGAUUUUAGAUGGGAGUGAGGGGGCGGGGGAAGGGACGGGGAGGUGGACGUGGGAGUUGUAUAAGUGGGCGUCGACUAUAUUUAGCAGUCGCAGCUUUGUCUCGAAGUUGAUCCCGGAUGAGGUGUACGGCGACGUUCUGGACCAGCCGGUAGAGGGGUAUCCGAGCUGGCGCGAGAAGAUCGCAGAGGAAGGCCCCUACCCGGUCCUCUUCCCGCUACUCGAUAUUGCGAAUCAUGACGCCAAAGCGCGGGUAGAGUGGUUUGUUAAUGCACAGGGCCCGGUCAAGGAUUUCAGUAUUAUUACGGAUAAGGCGAUAGAGAGGGGGGAGCAGGUGUUUAAUAAUUAUGCACCGAAGGGGAAUACGGAGUUGUUGAUGGGAUAUGGGUUUUGUAUACCGGGGAAUGAUGAUGUGGCUAUUGAGCUUAAGUGUCCUAGUGAGGAGAAGAGGAGGAUUUGGGGGGCUCAGAGGCAUGGGUAUAAGGCGUCGGGAGGGGGGAGUGAGAAAUGGAUUUUCCACGUUAGGAGUCGACCAUACCCCGCUAGGGAAGGGGAUAACAGGGUGGAGGAGUUCCGCGUCUUUGAAGAGGGACUGAUCGAUACACUCGCCGUCCUGGUGGCGAAUGAGCGGGAAGAGGAGUUCCUCGAAGAGAACCCCGAGUACAGCGUUGAGUCGAAUCUGGAGACGUCUCUGUAUAACUUUAUGGGGAGGAAUGCGCUCUGUGCGCUCUCUAUCCUUCUCGCACAGCUGCGGAGUGCAAAGGAGAAGAUUUGUUACGGAGAUAGCGAUUUAGGUGAGCCAGCUACUCAGUUCGAAGCCGUCGCGCAGCAGUAUCGAUCAGGGCAGCUGGCGACCUUGGACGGUGCUAUAGAGGUGCUACAUGAAUACCUAGAGACUCUCAAGAUCAAACACGACACUGAGGACUACACCAUAGCAGAAUGGCCCCAAUCUCCCAUCAUCGACGUGCGCUCGGCAUUCUUCUACCUAGAAGCCAACCACCCCACUGUCUGGAACGCGGUAGCACGAGCGAUGUUGUCAGAAGAUGCGGUUAAAGACUAUCUGUGCAUCUCUCAUGAUGCUGACAUGAGUGAGCAUAUGAGCGCGAAGGAUUUGUCGGCGAUGAAUUACAGCUUUGGCAACCUGCGGGGUAAUGGCUGGGGGGUCGCGAUGCUAUGUGUUUGGACGUGGUGUACAUUGAUGGUCCAUCACUCCGAGAACAACGAUCUGAGUGAUGGGCUGGACGUAUGGCUUGAGGAUGUACUCCAAUUCCACAGCACAACCCCUUCUUUCGACCUAGACCCCAAAACUACGGCCGCAAUGUCACCCAUAACAACUCGUACCCUCACCACUUGGCCGACAGAAUACCCCAUACAGUCUGCUGCAAGGCGCCGCGUGAACCGCAUGCACCCUGCCCUCAUCCCUGGAGACGACAAGGACGACGACUUUGCGAGGAAGAUGGUGAGUCUCGCGGUGCGGAUUGUGAGGGGCGGCGUGUUCGAGAGAGCGAUCCCGAUGAAGGGGACAGGUCCGCUGCUGACGCAGGAGGUUGUUUUUGUGCCGAGGAUGAAGGAUGAGGAGGUUGCUUGAGGUGUAGAUAUGGGAGACGCAUUUUAAGAGAUUGGUUUUGUGAGUUGUCAUGUACUGGUGCUGCCUGCGAUUUGAAGAGAAGCAGGACAACUGCACUGUACAUAUGAGGCAUUUGCCUCACGCAUCUCCCGCGGACCGUCUUAUACAUCCGCGCACCGUCUUAUACAUCUACGGCAUCUCGGUUCCAUGAAUUCGCCCCACACCUUCUCCCGUGAAUAUGGCUUGUGCAUCUAUUUAUGUAUCUUAGUCUUCCCUACACGUCUUCUAU